CUUCAGGAAAUAAGAAUGGUGUUUUGGGGCGUGCCAAAUAUUUUCCGACUUGUUGGAGAUAUGAGUCAUGCAUUGGCCAUUAUUAUCCUGUUCAUGAAAAUGUGGAAAUCAAGAUCAGUCGCAGGUAUUUCUGGCAAAAGUCAAAUACUGUUUGCCAUUGUUUGUACAUCAAGAUAUCUGGACUUAUUCACAGCGUUUGUUCCUAUCUACAACACGGCAUUGAAAAUCUUUUUUAUUGGAACAUCGUACGUGACUGUGUACCUAAUUUACCAACAUUUCAAGCGAACCUACGACUCAACACAUGACACAUUUAGAGUGGAGUUUCUGAUUGUGCCAGUGUGUGGCAUGGCCGUCCUUGUCAACCAUGAGUUUACAACACUUGAGAUUAUGUGGACAUUCUCCAUUUACCUGGAGUCGGUUGCCAUACUUCCCCAGCUGUUUAUGGUGAUCAAAAUUGGAGAGACAGAAAGCAUCGUCAGCUUUUACCUGUUUGUCCUGGGUUCGUACCGAGCACUAUAUAUCCUAAACUGGAUAUACAGAUACUACUUUGAGGGAUUCUACGACAUGAUCGCUGUUGUUGCUGGAUGUGUUCAAACAAUACUCUUUGGAGCAGGUGGAUUUUUUAUUCAUUUUCACUUACAUCGUAUUCGUGGAUUGUACGCCAACGCCUGUCCACUGGCUGAUGAUUUACAUCGCCAUUGCAUUGACCGCAAAAUGCCACAAACAAAUCAUUUACCAAAAGAAGAAGAAUGCAUAUCCAACUGCUAUCCAGUAUCGGCUCCAAAUGAUAGUGUUUCAGAUGCGAGUGACGACCAAACAGUGUUAAUGUAACGCGUUAACACUAGUAAGUGUAUAUCACAAACACUUGAGACAAAUGUGUCCAAUUCUGAGGCUGUUGAACCGUAUAUGACUCAUAUGUUUGAAAUGGAAUCUGUUAUUCAUUGCACACAGUCAUUGCCAUUUGGUACUAGUUACAGACCGAGAUUUACAAGUGAGGAAGAUGACACCGCUGUCGAUUUAAUGUAACCUAGAUUAUUAGUAAAAGUUCACAAAGACGACAGUCGUAUAGAAGACUAAAGUCUUUAGAUUCGUGUAUCUUUGUGCAGAGUUCGACAAAUAUUUGUAAGCGGAGAGCUCGCAUAGAAAUGUGCGUGUCACACAAACAACUCCAAUCGCAUAAGUAAAAGAAUACUGACGUAUGUAGGGUAUUUUGAAAACUGUGGAACCGUUUCUGACAGUUCGGUGUUGUAAAGGAUACACUUUAAAACUAAUAUCUGGCAUUUGUUUCGGGUUAAUGAACUCUUUAUGCUAACAUAUGUUGUGGUUGUAAAUUUAACAUAGAAUAAAUAAGCAAAGCGAGUCCUAAACUAACAUUAUGUGAACGACUAUAUUCACAAAGCUGUGUAACGAAAAAUCGCCUAACUGUAUUUUAAACAAUAUUAUUAAUGUAAAGAAGCAUUUGAUAACCCUUAUAACACGUCAUGGGCAUCAAAGGUUCGGAAACUUUUGCAAGAAUCAGGUUGUAAUGACGUGUUUUUAUAAUCAAAUCUAUUUGAGUUAACAGCUUUAUGGUUAUUUUUCGCAAUAUAUUACAGGAUUUGUUUAUUUUAAAAUUUCGACCUGGUGUAAAUUACACUUCAUCAAUAUUUCUCUGCAAGGAAUUGAACUCCAAGUUUUAAAGAUCUAUUAACUAAGACAACUUUUAAAAUUUUAAAAUUAGAAACAUUAUAGCGUAAUUGAGAUUUUUCUUCUCUUGUUCUAUUUUUAGAAACUGGUAGGCACUUACACAUUCCAAUAUAUGAAACGAUGUAAAAAUUUCGACGAAUUUAUUAAAUUGAAGAUGAGUACCAUUAUGUCCUUAUUUGCCCUUAAUACGAUCAUAUUAGAAUUACCCUUAAACCUUAAAUUUACGGAAGAAACCACGUAUGUUUUAAUUUGUUCAAGUGUUGAACUGAACAAGAAAAUCUAUAUUGAUGCGUCUAGCAAAUUUCUGUGUUAAAGCAUUGAAGUGAAAAAUAUGUACCUUUAUAAGAUAAUAUUUUUUUCGAAUUGAACUUGUGUAUAUGAUAUCUAAUUGCAUAUUUUUUCUCAAUCAAUGACGGACUGUAUAUAUUCACUUAACAUUGUUGAAUAAAUAUUCACUUAACUUUGUUUAAAGAAACGCACUCUCUUACAAAUUACAUGCUCAUAAAAAUAAUAUAUUUAAUUAUUUAAUUUCAAAAAUUGUUGUUAUUUUGGCGCAU